AUGUUGGUUAACCUUAAAUAUACAUUUUACUAUCGGAAUUGAUUUGAAUCUGUUAAGAACACACUGUAGCUUUAUUUGUGUGUAAACUACUUGUCGGCAAGGAAUCAGUGAUAACCAAAGGUGUUUCAAUGUUAAGAUAUUCUGUUUCCCAUGUCUUAGACAUGAACGGAAGCGAACGGAAGUGUCAGUCCAAUUCAUCACCAUUAGCUACUACAAUAACAACAAUGAUACCAAUAGAAGAUGAAAAGUCAUAUACACAUAGCAAAAGCAAUGAUGAAUUCAGUAAAAUGUCUCUUAAUCAUCAAGAAUAUCAUGGUGGGAGAUUGACAGGGAAUCAUGAUAUAGAUGACUGUGCAUACAAAGAAUGUUCUAACAAUCAAAGACAAAAUAACAAGGGUAAUCUGAUCGAUGAACCACCAAAGCGUCCAGUGAAAGGUUACCAGUUAAUUAAAAGGAAAUUUCGUCUAACACGGGAAGCGCUUACUUCAGGUUUCAAAAAAACAAACAGUCCACAAGGUGAUAAUAUAGUUGCGAUUAAUAAUAAAAAUACUAAGAACUCUGAAAAGAUUGAAAAUCGAUCUGAUAAUAAUCAACGUAAGAGCGCUUGUUAUUCUGGUAUUAUAUCAUUGAAUUCAGAUGAAUCGAAAAACAAUUGUUCGCCUAAAAGACGUUCAUCAAGCUUCAGCAUAAAAUGUGAAAAUUUUGAACCACGUUUGUCAGUUCAGUUAAAUGAUUCAUCAGCUAGAAAUGAUAAAAGUAAUACGGAUGAGCAGUGUUCAAAUUUAAAUUUUGAUAAAAUGCAGAAAGAAAAAUCAAUUAUGUCAAGAUCACAAAUCUAUUUGAAGCCAAUUCAUCAGUCGGAUUGUUUAAGUUUACAGUCAAGUCUUAAGCUAAGUCAAGCAUCUCUAUGGGAUACACAGAGAGAUUUUUUGUACGGCUCAAUGGCACUCGGUGGUAGUAUGCUGGGUGUAUCAGAUAUGAAUAGUGUCUGUGGACCAAUUACAGCUGGGAUAAAUGAAAAUUAUGCAGAUUUAAUCUCAGCAUUUCAUAAAAUCUUAAUUGCUGUUGGUGAAGAUCCAAAUCGUGAAGGUCUAUUGAAAACACCAGAACGAGCUGCCAAAGCUAUGCUAUAUUUUACAAAAGGCUAUGAAGAACGUGUCAGUGAUAUACUCAAUGGGGCUAUCUUUGAGGAGAAUCAUGAUGAAAUAGUACUGGUUAAAGAUAUUGAAAUGUUUUCUAUGUGUGAACAUCAUAUGAUACCAUUUAUUGGGCGUGUUUCUAUUGGUUAUUUACCGAAUAAGAAAGUUCUUGGUUUAAGUAAAUUAGCACGUAUUGUUGAAGUAUACUCCCGAAGAUUACAAGUACAAGAAAGGCUUACCAAAGAAAUUGCUACCGCUCUAAAUGAAGCUGUUAAUCCUAGAGGUGUAGGUGUAAUAAUUGAGGCAACACAUAUGUGUAUGGUGAUGCGUGGUGUACAAAAAAUCAACUCUACCACAGUGACAACAGCAAUGCUUGGUGAUUUAAAAGAAAAUCUUAGAUUACGCGAAGAAUUUCUACAUCUAGCUACAAGGAAAUAACGUUAACUUUGUAAUAAAUAACAAAAUAUCUAUUAUUUUUGAAAUAAAAGCCCGUCACGUUGUUAUUUGUUUUUUUUUAAAUAUUUAUUUCCAACAACGAAUAUCAAAUGUGAGUCUUGUAUUGAGUCAAUUUCAGAAUCCUUCACCAGUCUUUUAUAUCUUCAAGUAUUGGUUUUGAAGGGAUUUAUUUUGGUUGGCUGGAAGAUUUCAUCAUCAGCUAAAACCCUUCAACCAAUCUUUUAUUUGACUGAUGCAGUAUAUUUAAUCGCUUGAGUAUAAAUGCAAUAAUGUGUAUCAGUUGGUGAUUAUUAUUAUUAUUAUUAUGAUUAGUGCCGCACAAUUUUAACUUAUAAUGAUUGAA